UGUCUUGGGGUGUCCAUCCACAACGCGGAAGUGGCCGCAUUGUCCAUGGCGGAAUCGAGCAUGGUGUCGGCAGCAGGAGAUGGAGGAAGGGGAGAGGGACUGGACCGAUCAGUGAGGUUCCGGCCCUGCAUCGAUCUCCACGAGGGCAAGGUGAAGCAGAUUGUAGGAUCAACUCUGUCGGCAACAGGGGAGAGAACGUCGACGCUUGAAACCAACUACGAGACCACCAAGAGCUCGGCCGAUUUCGCCAAGAUGUACGAGCGAGAUGGCCUCCGAGGGGGGCACGUGAUCAUGCUCGGCGGAGGGUGUGAGGAAGCAGCACUGGCGGCAAUAAAGGCGUUUCCUGGUGGCUUGCACGUCGGUGGGGGCGUUAACCCUUCUAACGCCAUGAAAUAUCUCGAUGCUGGUGCUAGCCACGUGAUCGUCACGAGCUACGUCUUCAAGGACGGGGAAAUCGACUGGGAGAGACUGGAAGAGCUCCGAACAGCCGUAGGAAAAGAUAGGCUAGUGCUUGACCUCAGCUGCCGAAGACGUCCCGGGGGUCUGGAGCGGGGAGACUUUUUGGUGGUGACCAACAAGUGGCAAAAGUUCACCCGCUUCGCCGUCACGCGGGAAAACCUCGAGCGGUUAGCGGGCUACUGCGACGAGUUCUUGGUGCAUGGGGUCGACGCAGAGGGCAAGAUGUGUGGCGUGCUGGAAGACUUGGUAUCUUUGCUCGGCGACUUCAGCCCAAGAUUGGUCACCUACGCUGGAGGGGCUAGUUCUCUGACGGACCUCGAUCGGGUGCGGGAGCUUGGGCGUGGUCGGGUAGAUCUAACCAUAGGCAGCGCUCUGGAUAUCUUCGGGGGCGACCUUCGUUACGAUGACGUCGUACUUUGGCAAAGACAGCAAGAAGCAAGGAAGCCAGUAACCAGCGGCGAGUAG